AUGCCGAAAUUUUUUACACAUUAUCUGCAGAUGCUGACUUGUAGAAAAAAAGGAGGAGCCAAAAGGGAAAGAAGCGUCCAAGGAAAAAACAGCGUACUCGAGCGGGUAAAGGCAGUCAGGCCCCAUUAUGGUGUCCGGUAUGCAAAGCACGAUAUCCUACACUCCGGCACCCCUCAACUCAAAGAAAGUGAGGACGGGCAGAAGAGGGUCCACGAUUUCACAAACGUAUAUGAAGACCUCCAAGGUUCACUUGCACGAUCGGGCAUCCAACCUGAAGAUGCCAUUGAUAAACCGGCUGAACAUAAGAUUGGCGACCGAGACUUCAGGAUCAGUCACCCCGAUCCCACAGAAGGUAACCCGGACAACCUCGUCAUCUUUUUCAGACGGUUUUUCAAACCUGAUGGGAAGUAUUUGAAGGACAUCAUGGCCGCGUAUGAGGACGUUCUUGCUUCCGGCUUGAAACCUAAGACUGUCAAGGACCUUAGAAACCCGGACCACCAUGCGUACCAUCUGGGUAUCUGGUCUGGCUACGAGUGGUAUAUCUUUGCCUCAAAAGACACUCAGCAUCACUCGUCCGUCGCACAUCCGACAAAGCUGAAUGGUGACAAGUGUCUCACAGCAGUCCAAGCCGAAGCGGUGAAGGGUCUUCUUGCCGCCUUACGUCGUGCAAUGGGUGGCACAUUGUACAACAAACUAAAAGAUGUCGACUCAGAGACUGCUCAACGCAUGCGGACGAUUUCCCAUGAUCUAGCCAAAGCGUCACAAGUUCAGAACCUGGCACAACGUGCAAAAGACGAGGAGAAAGCGGCUGCAAAAGGUAGCAAAGCGAGAGUGAUUGCUCAUGGGCAAGUCAUUGAUGAUUCUGCUGCUAGACAGCUCAAGCUUGGCCUCAACAGCAUGGUUGCUGUCAAUGAGGGCACAUCCUCUACCUGGCACUACGACUCUGAAGAUGAUGACAGUUUUUACACUGUCAUCCUUGUGACUGGAGAUGGCGAGUGGGGCGACGAUGAAGGGGUGAUGGAGAUACCACAGUUGGGACUGAAGCUACCCUUGAAACCAGGUGAUGUUUUCAUGUUCCGCAGCAAAAUCCUCCUCCACUCUGUAUCCCCUAUCACCUCUGGAGCAAAAAGAGUACCCUACACAUUCUUCGUCUCAGACAGGUCUACCAGUGUGAUGCGCAAGGCUUGGGCUGAUGAAGAGUUUGAUCACUGCAUAGGUAUCACGUAG